UAAAUCAGAGAACAAGCAAGCGAAUCAGAUUAAAGCCACGCCAAUUUUCUCGCACUUUCUCCCACUUUCUCGGCAAAUUUUCCCUCAUGGCGUUGCCCUCGAUGCUCGCGUCGCUGAAGUACUCCGACAGCCUGAGGGUGGUGGGGAUCUCGAUUUGCACCGCCGUCGUCUGCGAGGCCAUCUCGUGGCUCCUCAUCUACCGCACCAACUCCUACAAAUCCCUCCGAUCCUCCAUUGACAAGGCCGCCAAGAAGCUCGAGACCAUGAAGACCGAAUCGGCCAAGAUCGCCGCCAAGAAGUCCAAGACCAAGAAGAUCGACCGCGUCGAGACCAGCCUCAAGGAAUCCAGCCGCGAUCUCUCCCUCUUUAAGUUCAAGUCCGGCGCCGUCGUCGCCCUCGUCCUCUUCGUCGUCUUCGGACUCCUCAAUUCGCUCUUCGAAGGCAAAGUCGUCGCCAAAUUGCCGUUUAAGCCGUUCGGAUUGGUGAUGAAGAUGAGCCACCGAGGUUUGCAAGGCAACGAUCCGACCGACUGUUCCAUGGCGUUCUUGUACUUCCUCUGCUCGAUUAGCAUUCGGACUAAUCUGCAGAAGUUUCUAGGGUUUUCGCCGCCGAGAGGUGCCAGCGCUGGAUUGUUCCCCAUGCCCGAUCCGAAGACCAGUUGAUCGGAUUCACAGAUUAGGUUACUUUUCUUCUUUUUAGUAUUUGAAUUACCGAAUAUUACUUUUGGAAUCUCCAAUUAAGUGCUUUUUUAUGAAGUUAAAAUUGGUUUCUUUUCUCUUACGAAAAUAGGAACACUUUUUGUUUCAUUGAAUUUGUAUGAAUUUCUGGCUAAUUAGGC